AUUUUCAACACAUUUGGCAACACUGUAAUGGCGGGAAGGGUGGGGGGAACAGCUGAUGAAAGAAACUGCGGAGCUUAUUCUUGUCUGCACAUUUUUCGUCUGUCUACGGGGCCUCUAUCGGAAUUACAUAGCAAUGCCAGACACAGCCAAGGAGGGGAGCGCCGCCCCCCACACGGAGGAGGGGGGGGCGCAGGGGGGGACAGGGCCGCUGGAUCUCGCUGAAUUCUUCCCAGAUGUCAACGAUGAUCUGGCCAAGGUCACCUGGGGUCACGGGGUCAACAGUGUAGCCAGACUGGAGGAGGUGCUGCAAGAUCCACAGGUGAUGAUGAUGGAGGCAGACAUUGUACAAGGUCACCUGGAGGGCACCGAGGAGGAUGACCCCCCAUUGACCCCUAUCAUGGCUCACCCGCCCCAUACCACCUCUGACCUGACCUUCAAAAUGUGGCUGGAUAAGGUCAUAGCAGCCAAUCAGGCCGGAGAGAAGAAAGGAAUUAAACUGGACUUCAAACAGCUGGAUUCCGUGCGAGAGUGUUUGGACUACCUUAAGGCUCAGAAUGAUAAGAUUACCUUCCCAGUGUGGCUCAAUGCAGAUAUUCUCCCAGGACCCGUUGAUAGCCCAGCCUCACCUGUCCCGGCUGACGAUUUUGUGUCUACCUGCGUCGAAAUGUUCCCACAGGCUACUCUCUCCCUGGGGUGGACUACACACAUACCCCCAGGAAGUGGAGGAGCCAUGACGAGUGGAUACAGCCGUGCGGAUGUCGAUCGGAUGUGCGAGAUUCUGGAUACCCACUCCGUCACACAGCCCGUCACUUUUCCAAUCCGCGCGGCCUUUCUUCCUCUCUCCCUGGAGGUUCUUGAGGCCUUGCUGGAUCAGAUCCCUGACAGCACCAUCACCAUCUGGAGUUUGGAGAGCGACCCGUUUGACCCCUUAGCAAUAGUGACCUUACGUGACCUCCUGGGGGCCGACGCAGUGUUCCUUGACCUCCCAGAGACCCAGAUGACCCAGUACUUGGAGGUCAGCAGCAGUGAGGGGAAGGGAGCGACAGGGGAGGUCACCAGUGCCUCCCUCCUGCCCACCUCCUCUAUUCUGGCAACAGUGGGUAUGGUAUUGUGCUCAGCCUUGGCAGCACUGUAUCUUUAUGAGUGAGUGUGUCUGGGGGGGGUCUGGGCGGGUCUGGGGGAUGUGGGGGGUGUCUCGGGGGGUGUUUGGGGUGUUUGAGAGAAAGAGAGAGAGAGAGAGAUUAUUAUUAUUAUUGUUAUUAUUAUUAUUAUUAUUAUUAUUAUUAUUAUUAUUAUUCUUAUUUGGUUUAUUUAUUUAUUUAUUUAUUUUUUGCAUUCAUUGUGUGUUAGUAUUGAGAAGCUUCAGUUAUCUCUUUAAUAAUUUACGUUUUCUUUGGUAACUUUAUUUAUUUGUUUAUCUGUUUAUUUAUUUAUUUAUUUAUUUAUUUAUUUAUUUAUUUAUUUAUUAUUAUUAUUAUUUUUUUUUUUUUUUUGCAUUUAUUUUGGCAGUAUUCAGAAGCUUCAGUUACCCCUUUAAUAAUUUACGUUUUCUCUGGUAACUUUAUUUAUUUAUUUAUUUAUUUAUUUAUUUAUUUAUUUAUUUAUUUAUUUAUUAGUAGUCAGAAGCUUUGGUUAUCCCUUUAAUAAUUUACGUUUUCUCUGGUAACUUAUUUAUUUAUUUAUUUACGUUUUCUAUCUUUGCAGUUUGUUGUCAAUUUUUUUUUUUUUUUUUUUCGUUAUUACUAAUUUUACAAUGUUCAUAAUUAUUAUCCUUGUCGUUUUUAUCAUUAUUUUAUUAUUAUUUAUUUAAUGAUUCCAAAGUUUAUCAUAAUUAUCUCUACAUUUAUUUAUUACUUUUUUUUUCUUUUCAUUAUUUUUUUCUUGAUUUCAAAGGUUAAAUAUUCAUCAGUAUUUGUAUUUAAACCUACAUACUUAUUAUUAUUAUUAUUAUUAUUAUUAUUAUUAUUAUUAUUAUUAUUAUUAUUAUUAUUAUCUUAAAGGAACGGUUGCUUUUUUGGCUUUUCUGGUUUAUAUAUUAGUACUUAAAUAAAUAAUGCUUUACUUUAGUUUAUAAGAUUGAGAGUAAUGCUUCUAUUUCACUAUUAUUAUUAUUAUUAUUAUUAUUAUUAUUAUUAUUAUUAAUAUUAUUAUUAUCAUUAUUAUUAUUAUUAAAGGAAUCACUUAUAUUUCUUAUCAUUCCUUUAGCUUUAUUGAUUCGUAUUAUCCUUUAUUUUAUUUACUUUUUCAUUCGGUAUUUCAUUUGGUUUAUCUUAAAGGAAUGACCGAUCUUCCUCCUGGUUCCUUUAGCUUUUAUCAAUUUGUAUUUAUUCAUCUUCAUAUUUAUUUAUCAUUUAUUUUUUUGUAUGUCGUUGAGUUUAUCUUAAAGGAAUGAUGAGUUCACAGUUCCUUUAGCUUAUAAUUAUUAUUUGUUUAUUUAUUUUAGUUUAUUUUUACAUUUUUUAUUUGUUUUCUAUUAUAUUUUAUUAUUUAUUUAUUUAUUUUAGUUUAUUUUUAUAUUAUUUUUAUUUGUUUUCUAUUAUAUUUUAUUUUUAUUUAUUUAUUUAUUUAUUUUUCAUUUCUUAAAGGAAUAAUCAGUCUUGCUUUGCGGUUCCUUUAGCUUUACCACUUCAUAUAAUCAGUUCAAGCUUUACUUUAAUGAAUAAGAGUAAUUUUAAGUUAUAAUAGAUUCAUUUUAUGCUUGUACUUUAUGUUCACUAUAAACGACCAAAGCUUUUAUUCAUUUAUUGAUAUUUUAUUUAUUUCAAGGCGUCAAUGAUUCGCUCCUUUAAUUUUUUUUUAUUUGUAUAUAUUUUUUUGUGGUUCGUUUCGUUUAUUGAGGCAUUCCUUUAGUUUAUUCUUUCAUUUAUUGCUUUGUGGAUCAUUCCUUUAGUUUAUGUGGUCAGUGAAAAUGGAUUAAUAUCUGUGAAGUUCAUUUAUAAUUGUUUGGUUGUUCCUUUAGUUUAUUGAGGCGUUCCUUUAGUUAAUCCAGUUAGUAAAUGAAUCGAUACCAAAGUUAAUUUAUUUGUCAUUUAUUUCAUGUUGUUCCUUUAGCUUAUUUAUUCGAUUAUUGAUAUUUUUCUUUCAGUUUCUCAUAAAGGAAUGAUAUGCAAUUUUAUAAGAGUAUUUUUAAGGUAUAAAUUCCUUUGUUUAUCUUAAAGGAAUAUUGUAAUUGUGAGGCAGCUGUGUAGUUUUAUCCUAAAGGAAUGAUGGUUAUUAUGUACUUUAUAAAAUUUGAUAAUAAAAGUAAUAUUUGCAAGUUUAUCCUAAAGGAACGACACUGCUUAAUUGUAAGUUUAUCCUAAAGGAAUGACACUUCUUACUCUACUGAAUUUGAUAAUAAGGAUGUUUAUUUGUAAGUUUAUCCUAAAGGAACGACACUUUAUUGAACUUGGUGAUAGAGAUAAUUACUUAUAAGCUUAUACUAAAGGAACGACACUUCAUUCAACUUGAUAAUAAGGAUGUUUAUUUGUAAGUUUAUCCUAAAGGAACGACACUUUAUUGAACUUGAUAAUAAGGAUGUUUAUUUGUAAAUUUAUCCUAAAGGAACGACAACACUUCAUUCAACUUGGUGAUAAAAAGAUGUUUAUUUGUAAGCUUACCCUAAAGGAACUACAACACUUUAUUCAACUUGGUGAUAAAGAGAUGUUUAUUUGUAAGCUUACCCUAAAGGAACGACAAUACUUUAUUCAACUUGGUGAUAAAAAGAUGUUUAUUUGUAAGCUUACCCUAAAGGAACGACAACACUUUAAUCAACUUGGUGAUAAAAAGAUGUUUAUUUGUAAGCUUACCCUAAAGGAACAACAACACUUCAUUCAACUUGGUGAUAAAGAGAUGUUUAUUUGUAAGUUUACCCUAAAGGAACGACAACACUUUAUUCAACUUGGUGAUAAAAGAUGUUUAUUUGUAAGCUUAUCCUAAAGGAACGACAACACUUCAUUCAACUUGGUGAUAGAGAUAAUUAUUUGUAAACAUAGAAAAUGGAGGAGCGAACAAAUUAAAUAACGAAAAGCAGAGACGAAAAAAAAAAAUAA